AUGGCGGGACAGGAGCACAACGUCUACCGUCAUGCUGAUGCUGAUGGUCACUUUCGGCGGAAGGACUCGGUUUUCCGUUCAUUUGUUUCCAGCGAUCCCACGGCUGAAUUCCCUGCGGAGAAAGACCGCUAUGUCCUAUACUUGGGUUACGGCUGCCCAUGGGCGCACAGGACUAACAUAGUUCGAUCGCUGAAGGGCCUGGAGGAGAUUAUCCAACUGGUGGUUUUGGAUCCCGAACUGGGGCCCGACGGAUGGUUCUUCUCCGGUCGGUGGGGGUCGGCAGAAAAAGACCCUCUCUACGGAUUCACGUGGUUAAGACAGUUGUAUUUCAAGGCGGACCCGGCGUACGAAGGGCGGUACACUAUUCCGGUGUUGUGGGACAGAAAGAAGGAGACCAUCGUGAACAAUGAGAGUAGCGAGAUAAUUCGGAUGUUCUAUACCGAAUUUGACCAUCUGCUUCCAGAUGACCUGCGCGAAGUCAACAAUCCGGGUGGGGGACUCUACCCUCAGCAUCUAAGAAAGGAAAUUGAUGAGAUGAAUGAAUGGGUCUACCAUCAGAUUAAUAACGGAGUGUACAAGACCGGAUUCGCAACAACUCAGGAAGCAUACAAGGAAAAUCUCUAUCCGCUGUUUGAAGCGCUGGAUCGCAUCGAAAACCACCUGGCACAGCAAAGACACCAACCUUAUCUGUUCGGCAAGCACAUAACUGAGGCGGAUAUCCGGUUGUACACGACAGUGGCCCGGUUUGAUGUAGCCUAUUAUCUGAUCUUCCGAUGUAACCUGAAAAUGAUCCGGCAUGACUAUCCACGGAUCCAUCUGUGGUAUCGUCGCCUGUACUUCGACGAGUCCAAAAGGACGCAGGGAGGUGCCUUUAAGAAUACAACUUUCUUUGAUAUUUACAAAUUUGGUUACCUGAAGGCAAUGGGCAAGCGAACGGGCAGCUCGCAGAUGAUUAUCCCUGCUGGUCCGCUGCCAGAUGUCUUGCCACUGGAGGAUUCAUAA